AUGCUUCGAGAUCUCUUCUUAUGGAGCGUUUAUACUGGACGUAUCGGCACUGCUUUCGUUCUUUUACUUCAUAUUAAGGCACGUACAGGUGCAGCACUUUUAGCUGUUGCGUUGGCAAGACGCAAAUCAUUGUUAACAAAAGAAAUGAAUCAACGCAAUGAGUUUAGCGAUCACGCUGAGAAGUAUGAAGAUUAUGCUAAAGAAUGCAUCAAUGCUUGUCAUGCACAAAGCGAAGAACGCACAUCUCGUAUCCUUCUAUCUGAAAAAGAAAUUUAUGGCAAGGCAACAUAUAUGCAAGUAAGUUAA